AGAGACAUGAGAUCAAGCCAGUGUUACUCAGCCCUGCACUGCAGUGCUUCCAGCUGCAAGCCCUUGGAGAUGAGAACUAGGUUUCUUCUGAAUUCACUGUACACAGGUUGCCCCUACAAAAGUUGUAAUAGUGGAAUCAUGUCAUUUGUAAAGUUCACAAUUAAUUGCGGAGAAUGAAUGUUUUCUGUGGCAGAAAGUUUUUUGCAGAGCACACCUGAAUGUGGCUGAGGAACAGCAGCCAAGAACGCAAUGCAUGGUAUUGUGUAGGGAGAGAACCAGAAGCGGCAUGUUUUACGUGCUCAGAAAUCUGAGGUGAGCUGGUGUAAAUGACUGCUGCCGCCUCCCAGCGCAAGAUAACCUGCUCAGUCAGCUGGAGCCCCCUGCGGACAGCUGUCUCUCUUUUAGCUGAUGGAAAACUGCUACUAACCGCUGAAUGGAAGAGCGUGGAGCAGCAACCAUACUAGCAGCAGCCGCUGUAGCAAGAGCAAGCGAGGACUCUAUUGUUCCCGUGCGUUAAACAGUUUUUCCUUUACAACUGAUAUGCACAAAAGCAAGAUAGAGGCUUUCAGCCUGCUUCUCCCUGCGAAGAAAUUUUGAAGAGGGGAAUACUAUUCGGAGGAGGUUUCACGGUCAGGCUGUGGGCUUUGGACGCGGGCUGCUGGAGGCAUGAGGCUGAGCGAGGGGAGCUCUGCUUUCUCCCGUGGGCCGGGGCUCUCCGCCCCGCCAGCCCGUUGCAUGGGAGUGCUGGUGGUCCUGCUGCUGGGGAGCUGGGGCACUCGGGCACAGAGCGAAUUCCAAACUUCGUCCGUCUAUCUGUGGAAGACCGGUCCGUGGGGGAGAUGCAUGGGAGAUGAAUGUGGCCCAGGUGGCAUCCAGACUCGAGCAGUGUGGUGUGCCCAUGUGGAGGGCUGGACAACACUGCCCACCAACUGCAAGCAGCCAGAGCGGCCGGACAACCAGCAGAGCUGCUUCCGUGUCUGUGACUGGCACAAGGAGCUGUAUGACUGGCAGAUUGGCACGUGGGAUCAGUGCCGGCCCGUCCUCUCCCGCAGCCAUGAGAAGCCCCAGGAGUGCCUCAGAGGGGAGGAUGGCAUUCAAACAAGAGACAUCACCUGCAUCCAGAAGUCCAAUGGGGUGCCUGCUGAGGAUGUCAUCUGUGAGUACUUUGAGCCCAAGCCCCGCCAGGAGCAGGCAUGCCUUAUCCCGUGCCGUCAGGACUGCAUUGUGUCUGAGUUUGCCCCUUGGACGGAGUGCUCUAAGACCUGUGGCAGUGGGCUUCAGCAUCGAACUCGGCACGUGGUGGCCCCACCACAAUUUGGUGGGUCUGCUUGCCCAAAUCUCACUGAAUUUCAGGUCUGUCAGUCUAGCCCAUGUGCUGCUGAAGAAAGCCUCUAUAGCCUAAAUGUGGGACCGUGGAGCAUGUGCUCAGUGCCCCAUUCAAGACAAAUACGGCAAGCAAGAAAACGAGGGAAGAGCAAGGACAAGGAAAAGGACAGAGAAAAGGCAGUUCGGGAUCCCGAGGCUCGUGAAUUAAUUAAGAAGAAGAGAAAUCGAAACAGACAAAAUAGACAGGACAACAAAUACUGGGACAUACAAAUUGGGUAUCAAACCAGGCAGGUUACAUGCACUCACAGAAAUGGGAAAACUGCUGCUCUGAGCUUUUGCAAGCAAGACAAGUUGCCAAUUACAUUCCAGUCCUGUGUGAUCACUAAGGAGUGCCAGGUGUCAGAAUGGUCAGAAUGGACCCCCUGCUCUAAAACCUGCUUUGACAUGACAACCCCUAAAGGGAAUCGUACAAGAUCACGGACCAUUAAGCAGCUCCCUAUUGGCAGUGAAAGUGAAUGCCCGCAAUUAGAAGAAACAGAGCAGUGCAUUACCCAAGGAGAUGGUGUAGCACCAUGCAUUACGUAUGGCUGGCGGACCACAGAGUGGACGGAAUGCCGCGUUGAUCCUCUGCUCAAUCAACAGGAUAAAAGGCGAGGAAAUCAAACAGCACUGUGUGGAGGUGGCAUUCAAACCCGGGAAAUGUACUGUGUGCAAGCUAAUGAAAAUCUCCUCUCCUAUUUAAAUACCCUCAAGGAAAAAGAAGCCUCGAGGCCAGUGGACCGUAGACUGUGUACAGGACCUCUUCCCAGCACCUCUCAGCUGUGCCAUAUCCCCUGUCCUACAGAGUGUGAGACCUCAGCAUGGUCAGCCUGGGGACCAUGCACCUACGAAAACUGUGAUGAUCCUCAGGCCAAGAAGGGAUUUAAACUAAGGAAACGGCGCAUCACUAACGAGCCUACGGGAGGAACGGGAAACUGCCCUCACCUGAUGGAAGCCAUCCCAUGUGAGGAGCCCUCAUGCUAUGACUGGAGGAUUGUAGGGCUGGAGGAGUGUGUUCCUGACAAUGAGAAACCAUGUGGCCCUGGUACUCAGGUGCCUAUCGUCAUCUGUGUCAACAGUGAUGGAGAAGAGGUUGACAGGCAGCUAUGCAGAGAUGCUAUCUACCCAAUCCCUGUUGUCUGCGAAGCACCAUGCCCAAAGGACUGUGUGCUCAGCAUGUGGUCUGUGUGGUCCUCCUGCUCACACACCUGCUCCGGCAAAACCACAGAAGGAAAACAGAUGCGUGCCCGCUCAAUUCUGGCGUAUGCAGGUGAAGGAGGAGUACAGUGUCCAAAUAGUAGUGCACUACAGGAAACACGCAGCUGUAACGAACACUCUUGCACUGUGUAUCAUUGGCAGACAGGCCCAUGGGGACAAUGCAUAGAGGAUGCAUCUGUGUCUGCUUUCAACUCCUCUGCCAGCUGGAAUGGGGAGGCCACCUGUUCUGUGGGGAUGCAGACAAGAAAAGUCAUCUGUGUGAGGGUCAACGUGGGACAAGUGGGCCCAAAAAAAUGCCCUGAAAACCUCCGACCAGAAACAGUGAGGCCUUGUUUGCUUCCUUGUAGAAGGGAUUGUAUUGUGACUCCAUUCAGCGACUGGACAUUGUGCCCUUCUUCGUGUCAGGAAGGAGCUGUCAUAGUAAAGAAACAGUCCCGUCACCGAGUCAUUAUCCAGCUCCCUGCUAAUGGUGGUCGUGAGUGCCCAGACACUUUAUUUGAGGAAAAGGAAUGUGAAGCUUCUCCCAUCUGCUAUAGCUACAGAUGGAAGACCCACAAGUGGCGCAGAUGCCAGCUAGUACCAUGGUAUGUGCGCCAAGACAGUCCAGGAGCACAUGAGACUUGUGGACCUGGGUUGCAAGCAAGAGCAAUUACUUGUCGCAGACAAGAUGGAGGACAGGCUGACAUCAGUGAGUGCCUUAAGUAUGCUGGCCCCUUACCAUCGUUAACACAGACAUGUCAGAUUCCCUGUCAAGAUGAUUGUCAGUUUACAAACUGGUCAAAGUUUUCUUCCUGCAAUGGGGACUGUGGAGGAGUUAGAACAAGAAAACGCAUUCUUAUUGGAAAAAGUAAGAAAAAAGAUAAAUGCAGGAAUUCUCAGUUAUAUCCUCUGAUUGAGAAUCAGUUUUGUCCAUGUGAUAAAUACAGCGCACAGCCUGUGGGAAAUUGGUCAGACUGUAUUUUACCAGAGGGCAAAGUGGAAGUAUUGCUGGGAAUGAAGGUGCAAGGAGACAUCAAGGAAUGUGGACAAGGCUAUCGUUACCAGGCCAUGGCAUGCUAUGAUCAGAACAGUAGACUUGUGGAAACAUCACGAUGCAACAGUCAUGGUUAUAUUGAGGAAGCCUGUAUUAUUCCAUGUCCUUCAGACUGCAAGCUCAGUGAGUGGUCCAAUUGGUCUCGCUGCAGUAAAUCCUGUGGAAGUGGGGUAAAAGUUCGGUCAAAAUGGCUCCGUGAAAAGCCCUACAAUGGUGGAAGACCCUGUCCUAAGCUAGAUCAUGUCAAUCAGGCUCAGGUAUAUGAGGUAGUUCCAUGCCACAGUGACUGCAGCCAAUACAUAUGGGUUACCGAGCCCUGGAGCGUCUGCAAGGUGACCAAUGUGGACUUAAAAGAGAACUGUGGAGAAGGUGUUCAAACAAGGAAAGUCAGAUGCAUGCUGAACACUGUGGAUGGUCCUUCUGACACUGUAGAGGACUACCUGUGUGAUCCUGAAGAGAUGCCACUUGGUGCUAGAAAAUGCACACUGCCAUGUCCAGAAGACUGUGUUAUGUCUGAAUGGGGAUCAUGGUCUCGCUGUUCUUUGCCAUGCAAUGGAAGCAGUGUCCGUGAAAGGUCAUCAGAAUCUCUGAGACAACCAAUGGAAGGAAAGUCUUGCCCUGCUGCCACUGAGACAGAAGUCUGCACUUUGAACAAAAACUGCUACCACUAUGACUACAAUGUGACAGACUGGAGCACAUGUCAGCUCAGUGAGAAGGCUGUCUGUGGUAACGGAAUCAAAACACGGAUGCUCGAUUGUGUUCGCAGUGAUGGCAAAUCAGUUGACCUGAAAUACUGUGAGGAGCUUGGUUUGGAAAAGAUGUGGCAAAUGAAUAUAUCCUGUGUGGUGGAAUGCCCCGUGAAUUGUCAGCUUUCUGACUGGUCGUCUUGGUCUGACUGCUCUCAAGCAUGUGGCCUUACAGGAAAAAUGAUCAGAAGAAGGACCAUAAAUCAACCGUUUCAGGGUGAUGGGAGGCCUUGUCCUUCUCAGAUGGAGCAAUUCAAACCCUGUCCAGUAAAGCCUUGUUAUCGAUGGCAGUAUGGUCAGUGGUCUGCAUGCAAAGUAGAGGUUGCUCAGUGUGGAGAGGGCACACGAGUGCGGAAUAUUUCCUGUGUGGUUUUUGAUGGAUCCACUGAAGAUGUAGGCAAAAUAGUGGAUGAGGAAUUCUGUGGAGAAAUAGAGCCUAUUAUAGAUGGUAAUAAAAAGAUGGUCCUUGAGGAAACAUGCACUGUUCCUUGUCCAGGGGACUGUUAUUUGAAAGAGUGGUCAGAAUGGAGCCUUUGUCAGCUAACCUGUGUUAAUGGUGAGGAUCUUGGCUUUGGAGGCAUACAAGUCCGAUCUCGGGCAGUAAUCAUUCAGGAUUUAGAGAAUCAACAUCUUUGUCCAGAACAAGCUUUGGAAACAAGACCAUGCAGUGAUGGCCACUGCUAUGAAUACAAGUGGAUGGCUAGCCCCUGGAAGGGAUCUUCUCGAACUGUGUGGUGCCAAAGGUCAGAUGGCUUAAAUGUCACAGGAGGCUGCUUAGUGAUGCGCCAACCAGAUGCUGACAGGUCAUGUAACCCACCAUGCAGCCAACCCCACGCUUACUGCAGUGAGACUAGAACAUGCAGUUGCGAAGAUGGAUACACUGAAGUUAUGUCCUCUGAUGGCACACUUGAACAGUGCACUCUCAUCCCAGUGGUGGUGAUUCCCACCAUGGAGGACAAAAAGGGAGAUGUGAAAACCAGUCGAGCUGUGAACCCCACCCAGCCCUCCACUAACCAGUCAGGACGAGGAAGGACCUGGUUUCUACAGCCUUUUGGUCCAGAUGGGAGGCUGAAGACCUGGGUUUAUGGUGUAGCUGCUGGUGCAUUUGUUUUACUCAUCUUUAUUGUUUCUAUGAUCUAUCUAGCCUGCAAAAAGCCAAAGAAGCCCCAGAGAAGGCAGAACAACCGGCUGAAACCUUUAACCUUGGCUUAUGAUGGAGAUGCAGAUAUGUAAAAUAUACUCACGGUGACAAAUGGAGUCUUAAUUAUUGGAUUGAAAUCAGAAGGUAUCCAAAGCCACAGGGAUUUUAUAUGGAGUGGAUUUGACUGUUUUGACUUUCUUUUUUGUAACUGCACUGUAGAUAAAGAUGGAUGGAUUUCAUAAUGCCUAUGGAUAUUCAAGGCAUUACUGCUUUACUUUAGACCAUCAACACUGAGAAAUCUAGCAGAAUCAAUUUAAUAGACACUACAAUGGGAGAUAUUUGUGGUCUUUCCUCAAUCUUACAAGCUAUAAGCACCACUUCUGUCUCCAGAAUACUGUAACUGAUAUUGUAUUAACAGUUGAAAGCCCCUGCAACAUUAACCAAGCAUAAUCAGUACGCAUGAAGAGUUUGUACCAAGAGUUUGUAUGACUCUUUUCAAGCAGAGUGCAUAUACUCAGUUGAAGAAUAUGUAUUACUCUAUCAGAUUAUAUACUUGUUAAAGAGCAAUUUAGUGCUUAUUACAUUAACUUUUAACUGAGAUUAACCCAUGAGCAAGUUCAACAGUUUGGCAGUUGAUGACAACUUGUGUUAACCUGCAUUUCAGAGGGCAAUGACUCACUUGCAAAAUUCUGCCCUGUUAUCACUCCAAAAUAUAAAGGCCUCCUAUACACAUCCAGAAAGGAGGCAUUCUCAGAUUCAAUAUUUUCUAGCGGUUGCUGUCUGGAAAAAGAAUACCCACAGUAAAUGUUACAAUACAUUUCUACUUUCUCUAACUCAAACUGUUGCCUGCAUCUUUUUGCUACAUGUAAGGCAAUUUUUUGCACUAUAUUAGUGCAGCAUGAUAUGCACUUAACUAGUAUUGCCAUAGUAACCGCCUCUUUUCAGAAAGAUGAUGAUGUAUCUUGUGCAAGGAGUGUCAAGUAGACAGGUCUUGAAUCCUGAAGAGAGUAGCGUUCGGUUUGGACUGCGACUGGAUGGAAUCGGCUAACAACAUGUACUGUACGCACCGAUCCUCGUCACAGUGGCCAUUUGUGGUCUAUAUCAUGGCAGUAAUACAAGUGUCUAGUUUCUUGCCCCAUCUACCUAUACAAGUAUAGAUUGUCCUGCUGGUUUCUAAUUGUACUUUGAAGGCUGUUUAUGACUAGAUUUUUUAUAUUUGUUAACUUUGUUAGAAAAAAAAGAAAAGAGAAAGAAAAGUGUUUGCCCUCUAAUCUUGAGUGAUAUUGUCUAAAAAGGUAUUCUGAUUGUUUGUUAGCUAAAAAAAAAAGGUUUUGCUUUUUUCUUUUUUUUUCCUUCUACUAAUGAGAGCAUUUUCACUGUUGCUGACUGCAAUAUUCAGAGCCCUUUUUAUCUUUUCUAAUUAGGAUAGAUGGACAGACUCUUUUAAUUAUUCAUUUAAACUCUUGAGUGUACUGGCAAGUAAACAAUAAUUGUUCUGCCAUUUUAAUUGUCAUAACUUUUUAAAGAAUUCUGGCAGUAUGAAAGCUCACUGUUAACCUCUUCCAUACUUAUGGCUUUUCAGUGUUACGCUUCUGACAUCAAGCUCGUUGGCUUGCCACUGUAUCUAUACGCAUUCAUGACCUGAGAAGGGUAAUUCUCAUAAAAUGGCUUCUAUGUACAGUCUGAAGCAAACAUAUAACUGAUUGUGCCACUACUAAGCAAUACAAUUACAAAAUGUUAUCAGGCAACCUGUCAAAAAUAAUUGUUCUACAAAGCUCAGUAUUAGGUUCUCAGGUCUUUUUUAUAACCUAAACCAUUUCUGCCUAUUCAUCAUACUAUUUACUCAAGAAGCACCCAUUUUUGCAUGUUGAAUAAAAUUGCAGCUUUGCAAAUUUUGGCCCAGAUUCACUGAAAUCAGUGACAGCUCUCAGUGACAUCAGAGGAUGACAUCAGUCCUUAAAAAUACCUAUCUUUAUAGGUAUUUUAAAACAGUUCUUGGAACCAAUGUGCAUUUUGUGCAAUCCAAGUAAAAAUGAUCCAACUUUUAGCUAUAUUAAAUUACCAAUGUGGAAUUACUGCAUUAAAAAAAAAAAAAAAAAAAAAAAAAUCCUUAUUGCCACUGCAUAAGUAUUCCCCUUAAUGGGAAUGGUAAGCAGAGAGGAACGACAGUAACAAUCUUUUUGUACAUGUUUAUUUUCUCAUUUUAUACCUUGAUCCACAGCUGGUGAAGUGCCAUGGCCCCCUACCUCAGUAGUAGUUCAUUCAUACAUGUAUUGCAGAACUAGGGGCUUCGGUCUUGCAUUUCUGUGUGAAUAUCCAUAGGAAGGGAGGAAGUGAGGAAGACCACCAAAUCUCAAUGUAUUUAAUUAGUCGUAAUUAACGGUAAUUAAGUCAGAAUUCUUGAGUAAGAAGCAAGAAAAACCUAAUUGAUUUUCCUAUCUUAUUAAGCAUAAAAAAAUUAAAUGAAAAAGUUAUAAAGUUUUGAAGAACAGUAAAUAUGUGGAAACAUGAAGCUUGAUCAUGAUUUUUGUACUUUGAAAAGUCUGAUUCUGUGUUACCAAAUUGUAUUGGACCAAUAGGCAAUUGAGGGAACAGGGCUUUUUUCAGUGGUAAUGCGUCAUCUUUAUUUAAUAUACUGGCUGGUCAUAGCAGGAGCUGUUGCCUAGUUCUUACCUUGAAGAUUUGUAUUCCCUAAAUGUAAGAAGUUAAUAACGUGAAGCUAAAGGUAUGCCAUCUCCUGUUUCUUACCAUAAAGUAUUUGUAAUUGAAGAAAGGGAGAUUGUUUAUUUAAGUAUGUUUGGCCUUUGCAAUCCAUGCAAGUAUUUUAGUAUGUUAAUACAUGUUUUCUUGCUUCAGUGAAUUUUGCUGAUGCACAUCUGCAUCAUACUAGUGCUGCAUUUAAAAUCCAGAGUGCAUUUUUUAUUUUUAUUUUUUACAAAGUGCACAGAAAUAUGAAGCCAAAAUGGCUUCCCUCUUUAUCAAGAAAAAAAAAAAAAAUUAGUCUAUAAGGAGGACUGAAAUGUUAUGUUAAGCUAAAUGUUGCAAAGGUGACUAAGCCCUUUAGCAUUGAAACAGAAAUAAUAAGUGAAUUAUCAGUAUAGAAUGAAAAGCAAUUUGCUUUAAAAAUCAGAGUGGUUCUACAAAUCCAGUGCCUAAAGCAGCCACUACUGUAGAUUGUUAGAUUGUGAAAGUAAAGUGAUCAAAUAAGCCGUUCAGAAAAUAGCAAAGUAGACAUUUUCCUGUUGAUGUGGUGGUUUGUGUUUUCCUUUUUAAACCUGUAGUUUCUAGAUUGCUGUGUCUGCUUUGAGUCCUGGACUAGUUCCUUUUUGAAUCUUUGUUGCAACUGCACAAGCUUGUUUAUAUUUAGUAUGAAGCAUCCAUUUUGAAACUCCCUUUCUCCUGCCAAAAUGUAAUAAAGUUUGUUUUCCAAUAUUUUACAAUCUGAAGAGACCAAUUUAAAAACUCUGUGUAUAAAUCACUGUAAAAUAUUCCUUGAAUUAAAUGGAAAUUGUCUUUUAACCUUUAUGUAAAUUGUGCUCACCCAAAGUUAAGAGUUUAUUUUGCCUAACUUAAUUUACUUGAAUAUUUAUUUUGUAGAACAAGGAGGCAGCUGUGUCUGAGGAAUGUUUACCUUUCUUUAUUUUUUUUUUUUUUUUGUUAAUGUUAAUUUGUAAAUUGUGUAAUGCAUUUUUAUUUUUUAAAUUAUGUAUAUUUCUUUUUUAAAAAGCACAAAAUGUUUACCUUCAACUACUGCAAAUUUGUGUAUAUUGUCACAAAGCUUUAUUCAGUUAAUACAGAUGACAUGAAAAUGUAACAAGUCUUACGUUUUCAUUUGGGUUAUUUUUAAAUAACUGAUGUAUUGCUGACAAUAAAUAUAAACACAAAAUCA